UACAACUAGACGAUCGCGUCAAACUCUUGAGAUCAGAGAUAUAUAUUACAGAAGAAAUUAAAAGAAGCAAGAGUGCACUGUGUGCAGCAGAAACAAUGGUAAGAGCACCGUGCUGUGAGAAAGUGGGAUUGAAGAAAGGAAGAUGGACAGCUGAAGAGGAUAAGAUAUUGACACAGUACAUCCAAGAACACGGUGAAGGCUCCUGGAGAAACUUGCCCAAGAAUGCUGGAUUGUUGAGGUGUGGGAAGAGUUGCAGACUGAGAUGGAUAAACUACUUGAGGGCAGAUGUGAAGAGAGGGAACAUCACUCCUGAAGAAGAAGAGAUCAUCGUCAAGCUGCAUGCUGCUCUCGGCAACAGGUGGUCUGUGAUAGCAGGACACUUACCAGGACGAACUGAUAAUGAGAUAAAGAAUUACUGGAACUCUCAUUUAAGGAGGAAAAUCUACUGCUUCAUCAAAACCCUAAACGAAUCCUUGCCUUCUGUGAACAACAUAGCCGUUUCCUCAAAACGAAGAGGUGGUCGGGUCAGGCCCACUCAGCCCACUGUCAAGCUCAACAACAUGACUUCUCCGGCCCAGAAUUCCCAUUCACAAAGCAGUGCAGGCAAGGUGUUCGACAAAACGUCCAAACAAAUCCCAGCCACGCAAACUUGGGCCAACGAUGUGGGACCUGAAGAUUUUGCUAUGGCAGCUCCUUUAUGCUCAAGUGAUGAUAAUGUUGAGACCAUGGGACCGUAUCAGUGGCUAGACGAUGAGAUAAAGAAGCUCAGUUUCAUGUUGGAAAAUGGUGUGUCUAUGAACCCAGGUGAGAAUUAUGUGGAACAAGAAAAUGAAUUGGUGCUGAGCAGAAAUAAUGACAUGUUGGGGAGUGAUUUAUAUGAAAUGGUGGGAAAGCAAAUGAUGGGACUGAGUGAUGAGGAUGUUAUGAGUGGAAACAGUAACUUUAAUUCGUCAGAGAUAUCAGUCUAUGAUUAUCAGUGGCUUAAUUGGGAUUUCAAUCAACUAGAUCUUUGUGAAGAAGAGAGCCUGAAUGUGAACUGCUUGUGGGGUAAUGGCAAUGACGAAUUUGGGGGAAGUUUUUGUUCAUAUUAAAUCCAAUAAUUUUCCUUUUCGCUGUGUGCUUUGGUGGAGAUUUAUCAUCAGCCUAUAGUUUAAUAAGAAAAAAUUAUUGGUGUUUGCUUAGUGAGGUAAAAUUUGUCAGAUAUAUAUAUAUACAUAUAUGUUCUCAAGAUGCUGUUCAAGUUCUUCGUUUUAGUGAAGAAAAUAGAGUUUCGGGAUUGAUUGGAUAUUGAUGCUGUUCAAGGGGGGAAUAUGAAGAUCAUCAAAUAAGAAAGUUAUGGAUAUUAAAGUUGUAAUUUUUCAUAUCCUGCUUAAU